AUGGAAGAAGCACCAUCUGUUCUCAUGGAGAGAACAGGAAAGAUCAUCAGGCUAUCAAUCUUUACCUUUCUAAAAGAUUUUCAGUACUUCACCACCACCCCUGUUCUUCUUAUGUUACCUUUCUCAGUAUCAGUUCUCCUAUCACAAGCUGUUUUCCCAACUUCACCGCCUUCUUUGAUCGUUCAUGCUCACUUUAAGUCCCUCUUCCAUGCUGCAGGAUUUUCUUCCCCUUCAUUAUUGGAUUCUCUUAUCAAUCUGAACCUUUCUCAAACCAUGUUUAAAUAUAUUCUUAGUCUCCCAUUUAUACUCACCUCCCUUGUCAUCUCAAAAGCGUCUAUAAUUCAGGCUCUAAAUGACCAUCAAACAUCUCUUCCACCUCCCUUUCCCUCUUUCAUAUUGCUUUACAAGCCUCUCCUAAUAACCCACCUAUGGAAUUUGAUCAUCAACAUCACCAUUAAUAUGGCUGCCUUUAACGCCAUUAAAGCUUUUGGGUUCUUAUCCAACGAUCCUAUUUUUUCACUAGUAACAAGAAUAGUUCUCUAUACCAUACUCACUAACAUAGUUGUUGUAUGCAACUUAGCUUUGGUUGUGACUGGGAUGGGGAAGUGCACAGGCUACUUGGCCAUUCAUAAGGCUUUUUUGCUUAGAAGGGGUACAAAUUCAAUGGCUCUUUUGUUGGCUAUCCCUCUCAGUUUUGGUCUAGCUGCUAUUGAGGCCUUGUUCCGCUUCCGGAUUGUAAGAGCUUAUCAGCUUUAUGGAAGGCCUAGUGUGUCACUGGCCUUGGAGGGGUUAUUCAUUGCUUGCUUGUAUUCACUACUUAUUAUCCUUGACACAAUUGCUUGUUGCUUGCUUUUCAAGAGCUGCAGAUCAGAUUUUUCGAUGGAUGAAGCAGAUGAAUACAACCAUAUUGAGUUUCAAAAACAAGAAGGCAAGCACUCUCCUCCGAUGUUGAGAAAUUUAGAAGAACUUUUAUGA